CCAACACUCCUUUAAACACCUACUUCCUGCCUCCUGCCCCCGUAUAAACAUCUUGUAUCGUUUAUCUCAGCUGGUUGUCAGCUAGCCUCUGGAAGGGGACAGCGGCUGAAAAUAGCUUAUGGUGCAACACUUCCCAAAGAGAUCUAAGUUUUCCCCAAGAAUUAAUAAAACAAAAGCUAAGUUGGGGGAGUUUGGGGUUUGGUGACAGAUCAUUGUCGCAUCGCUUUGGUGGCCAAGGGAUGUGCUUGGCGUCCCUUGUGACAACCACCUAGGUAAGCAUGUCUUUUCACAGGUCUGAACCCUCGGUGUUGAUGGCCCGAGAGAAAAGAAGGGAGGAGCAGCCGACCGGGCGCCUUAUGAACCAUUUCACAUCGUGGGCCUUGGCAGGUUCCGGGGGGCAAGAAGCCGGAGCGCCUGGGUCAGGUGGCCUCCAGGCUGAGCGGCGUGGCUUUUCAGCUAGACUCUUCGCUGUUCUCUCACCCACUUGGACGAGGCCAAAGAAAAAAAACAACCUGUUUCUUUAUUAAUGAUGCUCUCUGCAGGGUUAGAUUAAGCGCUGAUUAAAGGCAGAUGCUUCCAAAGUAUAAAUAGCUCUCUGAGGAUCUGCUGCUUAUCUCUGUCCCUAGGAUGAAAAUGGAUGACAGGUGCUACCCGGUGAUCUUUCCAGAUGAACGAAAUUUCCGUCCCUUCACUUCGGACACCCUGGCUACAAUUGAGAAGCGGAUUGCCAUCCAAAAGGAGAAAAAGAAGUGCAAAGACCAGACACCAGCAGAACCCCAGCCUCGGCCUCAGCUUGACCUAAAGGUCUCCAGGAAGUUGCCCAAACUCUAUGGCAACAUUCCCCAUGAGCUGAUAGCAAGGCCCCUGGAAGACUUGGACCCGUUCUACAGAAAUCAUAAGACGUUUAUGGUGUUGAACAAAAAGAGGACCAUCUAUCGCUUCAGUGCCAAUCGUGCCUUGUUCAUAUUUGGGCCUUUCAAUCCAAUCCGAAGUUUAGCCAUUAGGAUCUCAGUCCAUUCAUUGUUCAGCAUGUUCAUCAUCUGCACCGUCAUCAUCAACUGCGUGUUCAUGGCCACCGCCUGUGGGAAGGACAACAGCAACAUAUAUACCGACAAUGCCGAGUAUGUCUUCACUGGGAUUUAUAUUUUUGAAGCUUUGAUAAAAAUAUUGGCAAGAGGUUUUGUUCUGGAUGAGUUUUCUUUUCUUCGAGAUCCAUGGAACUGGCUGGACUCCAUUGUCAUUGCAACAGCGUUUGUAUCAUACUCACCAAGUAUCAGGGCCAGUGGCAUCAGUCUGUCGUCCCUACGUACCUUCCGGGUGUUCAGAGCUUUGAAAGCAAUUUCGGUGGUUUCAGGUCUGAAGGUCAUCGUUGGGGCCUUGCUGCGCUCUGUGAAGAAGCUUGUUGACGUGAUGAUCCUGACUCUCUUUUGCCUCAGCAUCUUCGCCCUGGUAGGUCAGCAGCUCUUUAAGGAAAAUCUGAACCAGAGAUGUGUCAGGAAGGACUGUAAGGAUAUGGAUAACCUUGACGACCAUUGCUUUGAAAAGAAAGAUUCCACUGAACUCAGAAUAUGUGGCAGCUGGAUGGGUGAAAGUGCCUGUUCUGAACAAUUUCAGUGCAACCACACCAAAAGGAAUCCUGACUAUAAUUAUACCAAUUUUGACAACUUUGGCUGGUCUUUUCUGUCCAUGUUUCGGCUGAUAACCCAAGAUUCCUGGGAGAAGCUUUAUCAACAGACCUUGCGUACCUCAGGGCUUUUCUCAGUCUUCUUCUUCGUGGUGGUCAUCUUCCUGGGCUCCUUCUACCUGAUUAACUUAACCCUGGCUGUUGUCACCAUGGCUUACGAGGAGCAGAACAGAAACGUAGCUGCCGAGACCGAGGCCAAGGAGAAGAUGUUCCAGGAAGCCCAGCGGCUGCUGAAGGAGGAAAAGGAGGCUCUGGUUGCCAUGGGAAUUGACAGAAGUUCACUUAAUUCCCUUGAGGCAUCAUCUUUUUCCCCAAAGAAGAGAAAGCUAUUUGGUAAUAGGAAACGAAAGUCCUUUUUUUUGAGAGACUCUGGGAAAGACCAGCCUCCAGAAUCAGAUUCUGAUGAAGAUUCCACGAAAAAGCCACACAUCCUAGAGCAAACCAAACGGCUGUCCCAGAAUCUGUCAGUGGAUUUCUGUGAUGAGCACGGGGACCCCUUCCAAAGGCAGAGGGCCCUGAGUGCCGUCAGCAUCCUCACCAUCACCAUGCAGGAGCAAGAAAAAUCGCAGGAGCCUUGCCUCCCGUGUGGGGGAAACGUGGCGUCCAGAUACCUCGUGUGGAACUGCAGCCCCCAGUGGCUGUGCGUUAAGAAGGCCCUGCGAGUCGUGACGACCGACCCCUUUACUGAGCUGGUCAUCACCAUCUGCAUCGUAAUCAACACUGUCUUCUUGGCCUUGGAGCAUCACAAAAUGGACCAGAGUUUUGAGUAUAUGUUGUAUACAGGGAAUUUGGUUUUCACUGGCAUUUUCAUGGCAGAGAUGUGCCUAAAAAUCAUCGCGCUCGAUCCCUACAACUACUUCCGCCGAGGCUGGAACAUUUUUGACAGCAUCGUCGCUCUUCUGAGUUUUGCAGAUGUGAUGAACAGUGUAGUUGUAGGAAAACAAAGUCCUCUGUUUUUCCAUUCCUUAAGAGUGCUAAGGGUUUUCAAGUUAGCCAAAUCCUGGCCGACUUUAAACACACUGAUAAAGAUAAUUGGUCACUCCGUCGGAGCCCUGGGAAACCUGACCGUGGUCCUGGCCAUUGUGGUCUUCAUUUUCUCAGUAGUUGGCAUGCAGCUUUUUGGCUCUAAAUUCAAUUCUGUAAGGAAUAACACCAAAUCCUGUGGCCCUACAGUCCCAUGUUUACGACGCUGGCACAUGGGGGACUUCUACCGUUCCUUUCUGGUGGUAUUCCGCAUCCUCUGUGGGGAAUGGAUCGAAAACAUGUGGGAAUGUAUGCAAGAAACUAGUAAACCACUGUGCGUUGUCGUCUUUCUGUUGAUCAUGGUGAUAGGAAAACUCGUGGUACUCAACCUCUUCAUUGCCUUGCUGCUCAAUUCCUUCAGUAAUGAGGAGAGGGAUGGAAGCUUGGAUGGAGAGGCCAAAAAAACCAAAGUCCAGUUAGCCCUGGAUCGGUUCCACCGGGCUUUUUGCUUUGUAAUCCAUACUCUUGCGCGUUUUUGUCACACGUGGUGCAGGAGGCAAACGUUACCGCAGCAAAAAGAGGUGUCGGGAGGCCCUCCUGCCAAAAGCAAAGACAUCAUUCCACUGGUCGCAGGGGUGAAAAGGGGCUCGGAGACCUGGGAGGAGUUCGGUGUAGUCACGUCUGCACCAAAGACCUUGAGUGUAGAGCAUGACCGGACUUGGUUGGCCCCACUUGCAGAGGAAGAGGAUGAUUUUGAAUCUUCUGGCAAAAUCAGUGCACAGUGCGUUGCACCCCCUGAGGCUGGCAAACAGGCCUAUGAACUCCCUCAGGAGACCAAGACGUCUACCAGCCCAGGAGCUCAAAGUGUGGAAAUUGAUGUGUUCUCUGAAGGUGACAUUUAUCUGUCAGCACAGAACCCCCGAAAGAAGUCUGAUACUACCAGUGUUUUCUCAGAAUGUAGCACCAUUGAUCCACAGGAUCCUUUCGCAAGGGUACCGGAAAUGGUUCCCAAAAAAGAACCAGAGAGAUGUUUUCCCAAAGGCCUGGGUCACUGCUUCCCAUGCUGUGCCAUGGACAAGAGAAAGUCCCACUGGAUCAUUUGGUGGAACCUGCGGAAAACCUGCUACCAAAUAGUGAAACACAGUUGGUUUGAGAGCUUUGUUAUCUUUGUGAUUCUGCUGAGCAGUGGGGCACUGGUAUUUGAAGAUAUUCACCUUGAGAAACGACCCAAUAUCCAAGCAUUACUUAAUUGUACUGACCAUAUUUUCACAUACAUUUUUAUCCUGGAGAUGGGUCUAAAAUGGGUAGCCUUUGGAUUUGGGAAGUAUUUCACCAGUGUCUGGUGCUGGCUUGACUUCAUCAUUGUAAUUGUCUCUGUGACCAGUCUCAUCGACCUAAAGAGCUUGAAGUCCUUCAGGACUCUACGAGCACUGAGGCCCCUGCGUGCACUGUCCCAGUUUGAAGGAAUGAAGGUGGUCGUCAAUGCUCUCAUAGGUGCCAUACCUGCCAUUCUGAAUGUUUUGCUUGUCUGCCUCAUUUUCUGGCUCAUAUUUUGUAUCCUGGGAGUAAACUUCUUCUCUGGAAAAUUUGGAAGAUGCAUUAAUGUAUCAGAUACAAACUCAGUUAUAAAUUACAGCGUUGUUGCAAACCAAAGUCAAUGCGAAAGUGGAAAUUUCUCUUGGGUCACCCCGCCGGUCAACUUUGACAAUGUGGGAAUGGCUUACCUUGCCCUCUUGCAAGUGGCAACAUUCAAGGGCUGGAUGGAUAUCAUGUAUGCAGCUGUCGACUCCAGAGGGAAAGAACUACAGCCAGGGUUUGAGGAGAACCCACAAAACUACCUUUUCUUCGUGGCUUUUAUCAUCUUUGGCUCAUUCUUUACUCUGAAUCUCUUCAUCGGUGUUAUUAUUGACAACUUCAACCAACAGCAGAAAAAGAUAAGUGGUGAAGAUAUUUUUAUGACAGAAGAACAGAAGAAAUACUAUAAUGCAAUGAAAAAAUUAGGAUCCAAAAAACCUCAAAAGCCCAUUCCGAGGCCUCUGAAUAAAUGCCAGGGUCUCGCGUUCGACCUGGUCACAAACCAGGUCUUUGACGUCAUCAUCAUCAUCCUCAUUUUCCUCAACAUGGUUAUCAUGAUGGCUGAAUCAAAUAACCAUCCCAAAGACACAAAAGCCAUCCUUGAGGAUCUCAACCUGGCCUUUGUGGUCAUCUUUACAAUUGAGUGUCUCAUCAAAAUCUUUGCUUUGAGGCAAUACUACUUCACCAAUGGCUGGAACUUAUUCGACUGUGUGAUCGUGGUUCUCUCUAUUGUUAGUGCCAUGGUUUCUGCCUUGGAGAACCAGCAGCACAUUCCCUUCCCUCCAACGCUCUUCAGAGUUGUGCGCUUGGCUCGGAUUGGUCGGAUCCUGAGACUUGUUCGGGCAGCCCGAGGAAUUAGAACCCUCCUUUUUGCUCUGAUGAUGUCCCUUCCCUCUCUGUUCAACAUUGGUCUUCUGCUUUUUCUGGUUAUGUUUAUCUAUGCCAUUUUUGGUAUGAACUGCUUUUGCAAAGUGAAGGAAGGGUUUGGAAUUGAUGACAUAUUCAACUUCAAGACUUUUGUUGGCAGCAUACUCUGUCUCUUCCAGAUCACCACCUCGGCAGGCUGGGAUGCCCUCCUCAGGCCCAUGCUGCAAUCAAAUGAUUCAUGCAACCCCAACUUAGACAGCCGUCACCUCCCUGCCAUAGCCAUAGCCUACUUUGUUAGUUACAUCAUCAUUUCCUUCCUCAUUGUUGUCAACAUGUACAUUGCUGUGAUCUUAGAGAACUUCAAUACUGCCACUGAAGAAAGCGAGGACCCUUUGGGUGAAGAUGACUUUGAAAUAUUCUAUGAAGUCUGGGAAAAGUUUGACCCAGAGGCAACACAGUUUAUCAAGUAUCCUGCCCUUUCUGACUUUGCCGAUGCCCUUCCUGAGCCUUUACGGGUGGCAAAGCCAAACAGAUUUCAGUUCCUAAUGAUGGACUUGCCCAUGGUGAGUGGAGAUCGCCUCCACUGCCUGGAUAUUCUCUUCGCGUUCACCACUAGGGUACUUGGUGACUCCAGCGGCCUGGACAGCAUGAAAGCAAUGAUGGAGGAGAAGUUCAUGGAGGCCAACCCUUCCAAGAAGUUGUAUGAACCCAUAGUCACCACCACCAAGAGGAAGGAAGAGGAAAGAUGUGCUGCUGUUAUUCAAAAGGCCUUUCGAAAAUACAAGCUGAAGAUGUCCAUGUGUGCCUUAGAAGACGGGCCUCGUUCACCACUCCAGACACUCUGCAAUGGAGACCUCUCCAGCUCCGGGGUGGCCGAGGGCAAGGUCCACUACGACUGAGCCCCUACCUCCACCCUUACCUCACAGCCUCACAACCUUGCCUCCGGCCUCUCAGCUCCAGGGGUCCACAGCUCGGUGUGUGAACAAGCAACUGACUCCCCAAAAUAGCCAUCCCAUUUCUUUUUCUGCCUAAAAGAAGUGAUAUGUCAAUGUGUAUUUCAAAUGGUUCUUACAGAGAUAGACGAUAAGGCUGCCUGACUAUGAACCACUGGCAGUAUCUUAGCAAGGAAGACACUAGAAGGGCUGUAGAGGACACACCAAUGUUAGGAUUGAAACACACUUCAAAUCAUGGAGAAAAAAAAGAAUAAACAAAACAAAAACCACAUUAAAACUGUAGAUGGUGUUUUUCCAUAUUGUUUCUAAGCACAUUGUUCAAUACCUUCGUUCAAUGUUUUCCCCAAUGCAAGUAUGUGGCUUAUCCCAUAUAACUCCUUUGCAUGAUGAGUAAAAAUUCAAAACCUGCUAAUAAAUAAAUAACCUAUUGCAGAUAUUUUUUUUACCAGCCAUUAGUAUUUUGGUUUUGUUUUGAACCUAAGGCAUGAUCUUGACUUCUCAGUUACCACCCUAUCUUUCACCAGCUGCAAUCUCCGUUAUAUACAUUUCGAAAAAAUAAAUAAAUAAAUGAGACUUUUA